AUGUUCGUAGUCCUAGCCAUCGUCUUCGCUAUCCUCGGGGGCAGCCUAUUCGAUGUCUACGAGACCAGCGAUCACGAUGUCACGGUGGUCUUUUACGCCAUCUCGUUGUUUCUUAUGAAUCUAGGACCCAACACGAUAACUUUCAUGCUUCCCGCUGAGCUAUUCGAGACCAAGAAUAGAGGGACCUGCUACGGGAUCGCAGCCGCCAGCGGGAAGCUUGGUGCCAUUCUCGUGCAGAUCGCUAUAAAGAGAAUAAGAGCUGGUGGAACGGAUAAGAAGCCACUGGCCGGUCUGCUACUUUUCCUCGUACCUGUCAUGCUCAUGGGAGCGCUGAUAGCAGCGAUAUGGAUACCAGAGGUGCAGUAUCCAUACGGAAGGGUCCGAGAGUAUUCAAAAUUCGACAACAGAUCACUGGAGAGCAUCGCUGAGGAUCCGAGGAAGGACCAGAAGGUUGGGUUUCGUGCGAAGAUGAGAAAGUGGCUGCACUUGCAAGACUGA